UUACUGUAAAUGCGUAUUGUCACUGGUUAUAUCCCUGAAUUUUUUCAGAUUUUUUGGUUGGGUGUGCCGUAGUAGGAAAAAUGAAAAACCGAUUUUUUCCACCGAAAUCCCCGACACGGAGCGCAACUAGCGAUCGAUCCGGCGCGUAAUAAUUCCCGAAACAUUUUGGAUAGACGUUCCCACGUCCAUCGUGUACUCGAUCGGGAUAUCGAUCUACCGGUUCGCUAUGAUCUCGAGUAAAAAUCGAAUCCACGGUCCUCGAACCAUCGUACCACCGCUGGGCGCGACGAGAAAUUGGCUUCCUUUCUUAACAAGUUCUGGUUUAAGGUGUGUGAAAAUGCCGGAUACUAAGGCAAUUGCACAGCUGACAAUCACAACGUGAGCGGGGUUGUUCGUUUACGCGGAUCAUCCGGGGGAUAAUGAUUACAGAACAGUCCUGGACCAUGAUGCUGGACAGCGAUGUCGCGGGCAUCAAUGAGUUGAGUAUUUCCCCGAGGAAACAAUUAUGGAUCAAGGCCGUGAAGAAGCUGACCUCCGAGAGGCUGGGCAGGGAAGGAUUGGCGGCGUGGGAGGACCGGAAAUCCAACAACGAUCCGGAAGUUCCAGACCCUGAAGAAGAGCCCGAGCCUAGCGAGGAUCCGGAGAACGAUACGGACGUGGUUCUCGACGAGGAACCUGUCGACGCGGAAGCUCAAACACAGCGAGAUGUUUUCAAGAAAGGAGUCCUCUAUAAGGGAAUAUUCUGCCCGUCGCUCUCCAACAGCUUCCACAGCAAGAAUCUGGAGAUCUCGUAUCUGCAUUACUCGAACCGUCAACGGCAAAAGUCGCUGAUAAUGCUCAAUAUCGUCGAUCUCAGCCUAAAGAUGGUACUCAUGGCGAUAUGGCUGUGGCAAAGGGAGGAGGGCAGCGGCGGUCUGAUCGAGUCGUUGUCUUGGGCGACUUGUUGCAUGGCGGCGAACCUGCUGGUGUGCAUACUCGGCUGGUGGCGGUGUUUCUCCAAUAAUUACUUGCACUGGGCUUCCAUAUUCACUUGGUUACUGAUCAACUCGCAAGGUUUUAUAGGUGCCGGUCUAGACUUCUCUAGCCAGCAACGUCUAAUGUGGUACAUUUUGUUUGUGGUGUACGCACCGUACGCCAUGCUGCCGUUGCCAUUGAGAUGGUGCGUCCUCGCCGGUUACGGGACAGCUUUAACGCACAUGGUUAUGGCGGGAAUAACGUUAUUGCGAGACCCGACAUACCUGCACGAUGUCGCGUGCAUAGUUCGAAUGCUAACGACCAACGUCCUUCUUUAUCUUGCAAUGAAUCUAGCUGGCAUGUACACUAAGUAUUUGACAGACAGAGGACAGAGGCAGGCAUUCUUGGAGACCCACAGAUCCAUGGAGACCAGGCAGAGGACGCAGAAUGAGAACAACCGACAGGAGAAGUUGCUACUUUCCGUUUUGCCAGAUUUCGUGGCCAAAGAAAUGAUCAGUGAUAUCGCCCGUGAAACAGCUCGAGGUGGAACGAUCUCCUUUACACCCAAUCAAUUUCACAGAAUAUACAUCCAUCGCUAUGAGAACGUUAGCAUACUCUUCGCUGACAUCAAAGGCUUCACCGCGUUGGCCAGUCAUUGUAGCCCCCAGGAGCUGGUCAAGGUGUUGAACGAUUUGUUCGCCCGUUUCGACAAGCUGUCCGCGGAGAAUCAUUGUCUUCGUAUAAAGUUGCUCGGGGACUGUUAUUACUGUGUCUCCGGGUUACCGACCGCCAGAAGCGAUCAUGCCCACUGUUGCGUCGAAAUGGGCUUGCAUAUGAUUAAAGCGAUAAGGGACGUGCGAUACACUACUCAGGUCGAUCUGAACAUGAGAAUAGGGAUUCACAGCGGCUCCGUGUUGUGCGGUGUGCUGGGACUACGAAAAUGGCAAUUCGACGUCUGGUCCUACGACGUCACCCUGGCUAAUCACCUGGAAAGUGGAGGAAUACCCGGGCGGGUGCACAUCUCAGAGGACACCCUGAACUGCUUGAACGACGUGUACGAGGUGGAACCAGGAAAUGGUACCGAGAGGGACAAUUACCUGAAGGAGAGGAACGUGGUGACGUACCUGAUCAAGCAAGUGGAGCCUUUGAAGUCGAGACGAAGGUAUUCCACGCGUCCCAAGGUGUUUUCGGAGGAGGACGCCGGGAAAACCAAGAAGAGUUUCAAGAUGAACAACCCUCUGGCUGCUAACAGCAGCGCUCCAAACACGUCGACGGACGACGAGAUCGGCGUGGACUGGACACCGGAAAUUCCGUUCGAAAACUUGAACACGUCGUCGUCGGUCAGCAAUUUGGAAUCGGAGUAUCUGGAGGAAGAGAACGGAUCCGCGAAGAGCAACAAGGCUGCACCACCUGGGCUGAGGGCCGGCCUCGAAACAGCGAGCAACAAGCGUAUGCGUUUGGCGAACAUAAACGCCUGGACGUUGCGUUACAACGACGAGAGCCUAGAAUCGAAGUUCGGCCAAUUACGCGAGGAUAUGUUCAAGUCCAACAUGAUCUGUUGCUUCUUCGUCUGGAUAUUUAUCGCCAUCUGCCAAGCUGUUAUCUUGCCGGACUGCACGAUCCUCUUGCUCUCUCUGCUGCUGACAACGCUAAUUCUGGUGGCGUCGUCCAUCCUGGUGAUGGCGGAGGAGUUCAAGAGUCUGCCUACGUACCUGCAACACGCCUCGUCGAUGCUGGUGCACAACAAGCAGCACCGGACGAUCUUCAUAUGCACGGUGAUCAGUCUGAUGGCGGUGACGUCGAUCGUCGGCGUUCUGACGUGUCCAGCGUCCACGCGACGGUAUCCAGAGGCUCUGGUCCUCGAACGCCAGCAGCAAUUGACCACGCCGACGUUGCAGCCGGAACGACUAGUAGCGACCACUGUCGGUUUGGACCAGUUCAUCCUCACCUUCCUGGAGACUGCUCUUCGCGACGAGCCUCCAGUCGAACGGAGGGACACGUCCCGCAAAGAGAAUCACAACGCCACGAGGCUCUCCAACGACAUCGAGACUUUACUGGCGAGGACUCUCAACGGAGGCUUUAAUCCGGUGAAAGGUCGCGGAAGAAAGGAAUCGUUCAGGGACGAGCAAGUUGAGACCAGGAAGACACGGUCGACGUUGCAGACGAAGCCUCAGGCUGAAGCUUUGUACUCCGCCGACUACGACGAGGACAUCGUUCUGGGGAUCACCUGUGUGCGACCCGAGUACAUGGUGUUCACGUGGAUCUUGUGCUUCAUUGCUCUUGCGUCCGCUCUCAAGCUGUACUACCUGGUGAAAACGGCGCUGGCCACGAUCAUCGUGUCCGUCUACGCUGUGCUGAUCCUCGUGGUCUGCAAAGACUUCUUCUCCAUCCCCGACGAGCAGAGUUCGCCCUCGAUACCCCUCUCGGCGCAAAUGCUGACGUUUCUGUGCGUGUUCCUGGUGAUGGUCACGUACCACGGUAGACUAGUAGAAGUGACGUCCAGGUUGGAUUUCCUGUGGAAGCAGCAGGCUGAGAGGGAACUGAGCGACAUGAUCGAAUCGCGUCACAACAAUAUGCAGCUGUUGAAGAAUAUUUUACCUGACCACGUGGCUCAUCAUUUCCUGACGCAGGAACGAGCACCAGAGGAAUUAUACUCUCAAUCGCGGGACAAGGUGGGCGUGAUGUUCGCCAGCGUGCCAAAUUUCACCGAAUUCUACUCGGAGGACGUGAACAAAGGAAUGGAGUGUAUUCGUUUGCUGAACGAAAUCAUAGCCGACUUCGACGAACUCCUCGACGAGAAUCGUUUUCACUGCAUUGAGAAGAUAAAGACGGUCGGUGCGACUUACAUGGCGGCUUCCGGUCUUAAUCCGACUCAAAAUGACAAAACCAAGGACGACAUGGAGCAUCUGUGCAGAUUGGUAGACUACGCGGUAGCCAUGCGACUGCGUCUCGAAGACGUCAACAUCCACUCGUUUAAUAAUUUUGAUUUAAGAGUGGGCAUUAGCUGUGGCCCCCUUGUGGGCGGGGUGAUCGGGGCACGGAAGCCUGUGUUCGACAUUUGGGGCAACACUGUGAACCUGGCGUCUCGUAUGGACUCCACAGGCGUCAUGGGAAAGAUACAAGUUCCAGACGAGAUCGCUAGGUUCUUGGAAUCGAGGGGAUAUCAAACACAGAAAAGGGGCCCCAUCGAAGUGAAGGGUAAGGGACUGAUGGAGACCUACUUCGUGCUGGGCAAAGGGUCCAUGGAACAGGAGAGCUCGACGAAACACACGACCAGAUGCCGGAGUCUCGCAGCUGUCGUUUAUGGUGUCGUUCAAGCGCGUCGUAAGCAAAUGCGAGCACUUCGAAGGACAUAAACGUCGUAAUCGUAUCAGUUUUUCCAUUCGAUUUGUUGGGUGCCUAGUUGCGUAAAACGGUUCACCUUCGUCGAAUUAUCCAAGAGCGUGCCACUUAAAACGGACCAUUUUAUUCGUCCAGAUAGUAAUUAUUUUUAAUCUGUCUAUAACAAUUAUGUAUAUUUUUAAUUAUCUUUUAACGGACAUUCUUAAAACCAAUUUUUAAUAUAUUAAAACGAAUUCAAUUAUUCUACUGUGGGGCGCUGCUGGGCUGAAGGUUAGGAAACUCGUGAUUAGGGAACUCGUGAGAAUCGUAGGAGGACAGAAAAGGAAACUUUACUCAUCAGUAAGGCUUUCUAGCAGGCCCUGGGAUAUUGGAAAGUCGUUCGAGGAAUGUAUAUAUAGCAAUCGAGGGGUCGUGAGAGCGCUUGUGAGAGCGCGACUCCCUCUGGUGGCGAGCAUGGGAAGCGACGCCACACUACGUAGGUACACGCAGAACGUCUUUCUUAUCUUCGAAUAUUAGGAAGAUAUUCCACAUGGACAGUUUUAAGUGCCACGGCUCUUAAUAAAAUUCAAGGAACGACGAGCACUUACAAUUAACAUAUUUACUGGUAGAAUUGUUUCUUAUCGAACGGUCGUCCAAUAUGUUAAUUACAUUCGAUUGAUGUUCACCGCUAGACCGAUGUAAAUUGACUUUGUUUCCGUAUUUAUAAUUCCGUUACGAGUAUCGUUAUUUUCUGCUCGCUGUUAUCUCAUCGUAAUCCUUUGGGGGGACGAUACUUCCGGAGCGGGGUACUGAACGAUGUUAAUACGAAUCCAAAAAUUUUAUUUUAAUAAAUUAAUACUUCGUAUCCGAUCAAUAUUAUACGUAAGAGUUAAAAAAAACUGUAAAUACUUUACAGUUGCUGUGCUAAUAUUAUGUAAUAUAUACUACAUUAUCAAUAGUAUAUUUGUUAUAUAAUAUUAAUAUCGUGUUAAUACGUAAUAUGAAUAUAUUAAUAUUUACAAAGGGCAUGCAGUGCAUUUAACGCUUCGAGUUGCGAGUUAAAAAAUGCAUUGUCGUAAGUAUCUCCCAAAGGACUAUAAUUUUCGUACUGUUCGCGGAACUUUUAAAAACUUGACCAUAAUUUUAAUACGAAGACUCGUACGUGUUGCAUUUUUUCCCCGCGUCUAUUUUAGUUUUGUUCUACGUUAUGCUGGUAUCGCGUACCGAGGAAACAUAGAUAUAAGUUCGAUGAGUGUAAAUUUGUUAAAAAAAUUGUGUUACAUCUAGUCAAACAGGAAGGUAUGUCAUGUAUGUAAAGUAUGUAACGAACAUGAAAGAAAACAACAAAGAAUCUACAAUUCCCUACUGUCGUUAUCGUGUAAUUCUAAACGGAAUUCGAACAAUAAACAACGGGUCGCCAGAAAUUUUGCUCGAAAGAAUAUUAUCCGUUCGAUGUUUUAACAACGGAGUUGUACUUUUUUUCGUGUUCUCGCUCAUUAACGAUUGAACAGGAAAAAUACCAACUAUCAAGGAUCAUCAGGAAUUGGUGUUUGCCAUCUAUGUCAGUUUCAGACAGUCGACAAAGGCAAACUGACGCAUGCCCUCUCUCUCGAUUCUCCGAAGCUGCCCGAAGUCUCUCGACUCCCACGAGACGUUCCGAAGUUACUUCGGGCAGCUUCGGAGGAUCAAGAGAGAGCGAGCAUGCGUCAGUUCGCCUUCGUCGAUUCGUCCGAGCACACGUACGCGUGAUCUGUCGUUGUGCGAGAAAGUGGAAUGAGGUGUCCCCGGUGCACCCGGGGCUCCAUCAUGCAUCUCUUUGCGUUCGCCAGGUAUGAAAUAAAAUUAAACACAGUGGAGCAUUUUUGGGAAAAGUCAAUUUAAUUAAUAAUUGCAAGGGCAGCAGCGUUCGUGUUGAUAAUCAUAAUGUACAGCACAGUCGAGCUCUGUGUAACUGUAUAUUACAUUGUUAUGGUAAACACAAUAUAUUUUAAUUAACCGUAAUAAUAAUCCAUGAUAAUAAUAGUCGUAAUGAUAAUAAUAAGGCUAGCUACAGCGUGGUCCCCCGCUCGAAGAGACCACCCGAUCCAACUGUACACUUUUACAACGUACUUCAAUAAUAAUCUAAUUACAUUAAUAUAAUUACCGUAAUCAUUACAAUCUGAACCUAACUCGAAGAAUGUGUUGCAACACGUGGGAGGGAUCGCACGCCUUUGGUCCUUCGAGAAAUCGAUGGGACGUUUAAAAUUCUGUUAAAUUAAAUAGAAUAUUUCUCGUUCGUUUAUUAAAUUGAAUAGAAUUAUAUAAAUUGUUGUUAAAUAUUCUAUACAUUUAAGGAAGAGAGUCGACGCUUCGAAAUCAUUUCUUUUCCCCUCGAAAUUCCGGGUGUGAUCCAGCGCCGAAGCAACUCGGUAUAAAGAGGUUAGAAACUUAACGUGCAUCGAUUUCUCGGGAGACCGAAGGGCGUCUCUUAAAAAUUUCAUUUUCCUUCCUUUCUUUUUCAUUUACGAUAUAAAGGCACUGUACACGUAAACAUACAAUAUAUAGGAGGGCGCUAUAGGCGGUCCAGAUGUUCCUAAACGGUAAAACGUGCCCGUUGAAAAAUAUUAUAAUACGAUCUUUUUUUGUUUCUUUCUUUCUUUAACCGUUAAGACGCUACACGCUUAAAAUAGGGGAGCCGUUUUCCUUCGAUUCUAGCUG